AUGCUAUACUUUUGUGUGGAAGUUCCAAUAAACAAACCAGUGGCUAAAUUCAUAUUUAUUGAAGAGCACAAACAAAUAAUUGAAUAUGAAGGGGAUAAAAUUCUGUGUAAGAAAUGUGGUUCAUUAGGACACGCCUUAGGCCAAUGCUCUAUCAUAUUAACUCCACUGUCCCAGGUGGAGAAUAAUAAAGAAAGAGCAGUACAACACCAAGGCCCUCAAAGUUCUGACAAAUCAAGAAAUGAAGAUGACUGGCACACUGUAUCCUUUCAAAAAUUAAGAAGAUCAGAUAGGAGAAUUUCAAAGACAGGCAAGGAGUCAGGUAUUAAUGUUAAAAUAUUCAGUGCCUCUACAGGUAAGUAUAUCAAUACCCAAAAGUUAAAAUUUGUCAAUAAAGAUCCUAACUCCUUGUCAUCUAGAAAAGGUAAUAUGCUCCAUAUUCGUAUGGCUAAUUCCACCAAUGCCUUAAUGGAAGGUAAAACAGCUGAUUUUCAGCUGAAAAACCGCUUCUCCAAGUUGUGCAAUGAGCACACUAUUUUGGACUCUAACCCUCCAAAAAAAAAUUCUUUAUUAUUAAACAAUAAUCUCGACAUGCAGCAGUCCAGUGGUACAUUGGACACAUCAUUUACUACUAAGAGUGAUAAUACCUCUACUAAACCUAUUAACCUUAUCCCAAACAUUUCUUCUAGAAACAAUAAUCCUAGUAAUUUAACUAGUAACCCUAUUAACACUAGAAUUAUUAGCUCUAAUGACAUGACCAAUAAAAACAAAAAUACUACAAAUUCCAACCCACACCUGUCCACUAAAUCGUUACUGAAUGAACAAAUGGAGGAAAGCAUGCGAUAUGUGGCCAAACCUUGCCAUGCAAAAUCUUCUCCUAAAUCUUCUUCUAUAUCUCUUACGCUAACCAUUACAGAUUGCAUGCAUGUAGAUGCAAUCAUACCCUACUCUUCCAUUGAACAACAGGAGGAGAUACAGACUUAUUCAAAUCCUUCAUCCCCCAAGACCAGUGAACAUGGCAAACCUUCCACCACUACCAAAUCAACUUCCAAACAAUCCAAUAAUCUAUGUUCAACCGCCAUUGCCACAAAGACCAUCACCCACUGUCUUGGAUAG